AUGGCCGCCCGCUCGCCCGUCAUCGCCUUCACGCCGGCCCCUGCGGUCCCAGCUUCGUUCCCAACGGUGGACCCACCCCCGGCACUUCCCCUCUCGCCUAUCCUGAAUCGGUCCCCCAAUCCUCAGCCUACACCACGCAGCCCCAGACCCGAGUUCGCGGAGCUUCUCACGCCGGCCAAGCUCAGGCGGAAACGGCGGCAUGGGGCCCCAGCGGUUGGUCCACCCUCGUCAGUCGCCGGACCGAGUCGGGGCGGAUGGCAGACGGGCCAAGGGGACGUGUAUAGAGGAGCGGUACUGGACCCGACUGUCCCGGUGGAGAAGAAGGUAGAGACGGACGAUGAGGCGGUGACGUUCGAGAGCUCGAGCAGCGGGUCGACGUGGAGUAUCGUCAGCGAUCUCGAGAGGGGUCGGAGGAAGACUGUGGCUGCUCUUGAGAGAUUGGGGGAGAGGAUAGGUAUGCGACGGGGGAGCGAUACGAGCUCUGCGAGUUCUGCGUCCAGCUCAAGGCUCGACAGGACGCAAUCGCUCGAGCCUCCUCUGCGGAACCAGACGUCUCGGCGACGACUGUCGAUGAGCCGGCGGAUCACGCGGACUCUGACUCGGCGGUCCUCGGUCGAUAGUACGCCGGACGCACCGCGGCGAGAGUACAUACCUCGCAAGAGAGAGUUUGUGCUUCUUCUACCGGAAGGCGAAGGAGGAGGAGAUAGAGUCAUCUCCACGCCGAGUCUACCGGGGGUUUUGGACAGUAUCAAAGGACUACGGGUACGCGCUGGUAUCGAUACCCAGACCCCAGCACCUUCUAGAGGCGGAUCCGCUCCCGGUCGACCUCGUCGUCCACAGGCUCACCGCUCCCACACCUCUUUCGCCCAUCCACCAGUCCCCGUCCGGCUCCACUCUGGGAUCGCCACCCCGCUCGGCCGUUCCCCACUAUCCUCCCCGCCUUUACAGAACGGCACGAAGCCCAAAUCCGUUUCUGACCUCUUACACCUCCCCUCCCCCUCUUCGGCUCCAAACCUCACCGGUCUCGUCUCCUCCUUCCCCUCCAACCCCAUCCCGACCCCACCCGGCCAAGCACAGGGCGCAUGGUGGCUCGACGUAUCGUGCCCCACAUGGGAAGAUCUCCGGGAUAUCGGCGAACUCCUCUCGCUACACCCGCUCACGCUUGAGGAUGUCCUCCAGCAAGAUCCGAGGGAAAAGCUCGAUAUGUUUGAUAAGCUCGGAUACUAUUUUGUGGUUGUCCGGGCGCUGGACGAGACGUAUUUCAAGUAUACGCCGGGAACGGGGUCGGUGGCUAGUAUUGGGGGGCUGGGGAAGGCGGUGCCUAGUCCUGCUUUGUCCGGGGAUAGUGGGAGAACGGCGCAUGAGAAGGAGAAGGCUGCGGGAACUGGCACGGGUAGUCCGGAGCUGGUUACUACGGAUGAGAAGGCCAAGGAGGGGCGUAGAAGAGGAUGGGGGAUGGGAAGAGCAGUGGGGAAGCUAGCGGGGAGACAAGGGGAGAAGGUGGAGAUUGUGGAGGAUAAUCCGGGGAGGGAGGGGCUGGAGGGUGUAGGUGUCGGAGCGGUGAAUGUGUAUCUGGCGGUAUUUGAGGAUGGGGUCGUCAGUUUCCACUACGAAGACAUCUCAAAGCACACCAUCCGCGUCCGAGAUCGUAUCCUCUCGCUCGCAGGCGGGGCCGGAGCGGAACAUACCUCCGACUGGGUUGCACACGGUCUUAUCGACUCUAUUGUCGACGCCUUUUUCCCGCUCAUCCGAUAUGUCGACGGGGAGGUGGACGAUAUCGACUCGUUGACGAUUGAUCCGAGCGUCGAUCCGAGGGCGGCGGUACCGCGGGUCCAGGUGGGGAUGGGUUCGGAGCAGGAGAAGCGGGAGGAGGUGGAGAUGAGUGAAAAGUCACCCCCUAUCUUCGGACUCGGAGGGAUCACCCGUCGCUCGACACCCUCUUCUGGCCUGACAGCCACAGCCACAACGGCCAUCUCGCUCCGUACACGGCUUCGAUCCCGACUACCCAUAGUCCGCUCAACCGCCCCGCCCUCCCGGUUCAACCCCCUCCCAUACCUCCUCCUCGCAUUUCACUCUCUCAUCUACCUCCGCCUCUUCUUCCUUCCUAUAUCCUCAGCGACGCACCGGUCUCACCACGCCACCGAACCGAUCUUUGACCGCACGACCAUGUUGCGCCGAAUAACGGAUCUGAGGCGGCUCGUGACGGGCCUGACGAGGUUGUUGGGGACGAAACAUCAGGUGAUUGGGCGGAUGAGGAAACGCGCGGCGAAAGGGAGUGGGGGGCUGGGGUGGAUCGAAGCUGAUGCCGCAGACCAUAUCCUCCUCCUUCAGACGUCACUCAUGCACUACGAAUACAUCCUCUCGCAUUGUCAACCCGCAUACCUCUCCCAUCUCCAAGUCUCGUUCCACAUCACCCGGGGUGGUAUCGCAAAGCACAUUCUGGCACUUUCUGUCGUUACCAUUUCAAUACUGCCAAUGCAAUUCGUCACCAGUCUACUCGGGACGAACGUCCGUGUCCCGCGCGACGGGGACGCCGACCAUCUAGACGAAAAUGGGGAUCUAGCCGGAUACAUUACAUUCGGCGUGACCACCGCGAUCGUAUUUGUGAUUGUGUGUAUUAUGGUGGGACUUGUGAGGUGGUGGAGAUGGGGAGCGAGGCGGAAGUUUGCGGAAAGAAGGGGGGCGGAGGUACCUUCUGCGUGGGACGGGUAUUGGGGCCUGAAGUAG